GGAAUCGCUGUGUUUCCCGCGAGAGAAAGAAGGGGGAGUGUGUGAGUCGCCCAGUUGGCUUUGGGUUCCUGGAUUUUUUUUUUUUCUUUUUUUUUUUUUUUGGACGAGGACACGUUGGGUGAGAAACAGUCAUGUCCAACAACAGCGCCAAAAGCAACCUGGUGAUCGCGCAGAAGAUGGUCAAGCAGCUACGGCUCGAGGCCAGUGUGCGCAGGAUCAAGGUCUCCCAGGCUGCAACAGAUCUAAAAAACUUCUGUUUGCAAAAUGCACACAAGGACCCGCUCCUCGUGGGGGUCCCCUCCAGCGAGAAUCCCUUCCGGCCUCCCAAAUCCUGCACCCUGUUUUGAGGUACUUGCCCCCCGUGUCCCUCAUCUAGCCUGACAGCAAUGGAGUAUACGCAAGUCGUCCCCCCCCCCCCGACUCCAUCCGAGCCUUCGCUGCUUGGUCCAUUCAUUCUUGGAGCACAUCCUCUAUACUUAUGAGCACUGUGACACCCCUCACCUCAACACUGACAUGCCUACUUUUUUUUUUUUUUUUUUUUAACACACACACUCACACACUAUCUUUAACCAUUUAACACUACCAGGCAACUUAUUUCCUCAUUUCAAGAAAACGGCCUGCUUUCAUACAGUUAUGUUAAGCUGCUUACUGAAUUCCUUUAUCCAAAGUGAUGCCGAGAGCUGAAUUUUUAGUUUUAUACAUUGAACCAGCAGUUUUUAUUGAAAUGAUUCAGGUUAAGUACCAGGCUAGGGAUUUCAGCCUGCAGACCCUUUAAGUGCAGCUCCUUAACCACUACGCUGUCCGCCACCCAGCAGACCUGACCCUCUCAGGUCUCACAGCCUUUUUCAGUAACUAAGCACUUCACUACAAGUAGAAAUUGGUCAGUUGGAUUUAUUGAAUUCACUAAACUAGGAAAUGUGUUCAUGGUGUGCUCUCACUAAGUACAUGUAAUAUUUGAUGUGGUUGCUGGGGGUUUGAUGGACUCUUGUUGCAUAGAAGUGGACUUUGGUACCCAGCGGUGCUCCGGUGUGUUUGGUGCAGCGAGAGCCCUCCUUGCUUUGCGUUGCCUUAACUGACAGUCUCCGCGCUGGUUAGCAUGCAGGCUCAUCUUAUUGUCUUUCUCCUCAUCUAAAGGCUCCUACUGAAAAUGUUCAAGUAACUCUCUUCAAGCCUAUAGUUUAUCUUUGGUCAAAAACAUGUCUGACACAAUAAAAUAAGAUCACUUUUUUUUUUUUUUUUUUUGUUUUGUUUUGUUUUGUUAAUAGUAUAUUUCUACCGGGGCAUAAAUACACCAGGCCUAUUUUGCCACUUUUUAAGCAAGAAGGUGUGCGCUAGCAGUAAUUUUGUACACGCCAUAGUUAAUGUGGAAGUAUUUGAGUUUUUGUCUAAUACUAUACAAGCUGCAACUUUAACAAGUUUUUUUGAAACUGAAGAUAUAGAGUAGAAAGUAAAUAUAACUACCUGAUUUGCAUCACUAAUUAUUAAAGUCAGAAAUUAAGAUUUUUCUUGCUUUUCACUUAUGUACAUUAAGUAAUUUUCAGAAAAAAGCUUUUUAAAUACAACGAAAUGUACUGAAAAGAAUACCUGUAGUAGCUUUUGACAUAGACAGACAUAGGAAGGCUGUAAAUAGUCAGAUUUUUGGAAGUCAAAGUUAAAUAUUAAUACAGCUUGAUAUGAGUGGCUCAGGGUAACAACUGAAUAAGUGCAUAAACAACCUAAACCAGCUUAUGUGUUCAGUUUUUUUUUUUAAAUAAUAAAUUGGAAAUAUGUGCAUGAAAAUCAGUCACCCUGUAGUAGAGCUGUGCUAUCUUGUGGAAUUGAGGUUUUGAAAGUCUUACAGCUGUGAAAACGAAACCCAAAAGUAGUGGCUCAGUUUUCUUUGUGUGGCUGCUCAGAUUCAGGCUCACAAAGUGCAUGCAAACGCCUGGUAAUUAUUUAUAAA